AGGACAGGUGUGCGUGUGCCUUGCAGAGAAGUAGCUGGACCAAGAGACUAAGGCUCCCCUUCCUCAUGGCGAAUCCCAGGUGUACCCUUCAACUUCUCUUCCUUGGGCUGUUGAUUGCUCCAGCCUUCCUGCAGCAGCACCCCUGCGAGAUUGUCAAGAGCACGGUCAGGCGUGGCACCUUCACGCUAGAUGUGAGUCCUCCCACUUACAGCCCAGGGGGAAUCUAUACAGUAACCAUCAGCGGAAUAGACAACAGCACCUCCGUUAUCCUGCAGGCCCUUUCUGCUGACAGCCGCUCUGGGGGUCUCUGGGAAAAUGAAAACGAAGCCAUCGGCUGUAGCGGCAUGGAGUACGUGGUGCAGAAAAAUGUCUCGGGCAACGGCACCCGGACACGUUGGACGUCCCCGAAUAACUCCAACGAGGAAGCUGUGCACAUCAGGGCUUUCGUCACCUUUGCCAACGGCACAACCCUGACCCAGUCUUACAUGCUCACAAAAGACCUGACGGCAGGAGUCACGACACCAGCAACAUCCACAGCCUCACACGCCACACAUACCACCUCCAAAACCCACAGACCGACCAUCCACCACGACGCAACGGCGGACCACCACCACCACCACUGGGCCUCCUUCCACAACCAGAGCCACAACUCUGCCUCUGUGUCUCAAACCAGCUCCGUCCUCCUGGCUGCCAUGCAGGUCUUGCCCGCCUUCCUGGGCUUCAGGCUCCUCUCCUAAGCCAGACCCCACACGCAUCUUCUCAUUGCCUUCAAGAUGCUUCUGUCUUCUAGCUGUGGAGACCGAUGUCCUCAGAAAGGAAACCCACCCCCUCCACUAAUAAAACCAUGAUUUCAUGGCACAAUUCUUUCCAUGAUCCCAUAGCCCAACGGAGCACAACCCAAGAUAAGUUGCAACUUGUAGGUCCAAACAGACAGCCCAGAUGUUCUGGUGCUGGAGGAUAAAAUCCAAACACUGCCCCUCAGAAGGGAAAAAAUUAAAUGUUGUAAUCUAGGGUUUUAUGAAUCCUCAGCUGCCUUGCAAAGGCUGCCUUAACCCAUCAAAAAAGUACUAAGAAUGGUUAGGCUCAUUUAUUAUUAUUAUUUUAAGAAUCCAGACCUCACAGGCCCUUAGAGUCGAUUCCACCUUCUAUUCUCAAAGUCCUUGAAAUAGGACAUCAUUUGGUGUUUCGAAGAACUUCACGGCACGCCAGAGUUCAGAAGGGAUUCCUUGGAAGCUUGAUAUGGCAAGCUAGGACUGGAAAUUUUUGUGUGCUGUGUGACCUGCAAACAAACUGGACUGGGGAAAAAUAUCUUAUGCAAAGCCCUUUUGCAACAAGGGUGAUUCCGGGAUUCCGGCACCUGGUUCUGCUUCGGAACGCUGCAUUUCAAUUCAAAUGCAGGCAUGAAUUUUCAGGUGACCGUUUGCUCCCCUUCUUUUCUUCCUGGUCUGUCCCGCCACCCCAAGAAGCUUGAUUGUGAUCUAUCCCUGCAGGCAGGGCCAGCUCCCCUCCACUGUAAAAUAUCCCUUUGCUCUGAAAUAAGCAUAUAAACCUUGAUCCUUUAGGGACAGCAACUCAGGGUCGGGCAGUUCCUGGAGGUUUGGGGGUGAAGCCUGAGGAAAAUUAGGUUUGAGGAAAAUUAGGUACCUCCGUUAACGCCGGAGAGCACCCUCCCAAGGGGCCCUUUUCUCCAGCGAAACUGAUCUUAAGUAAGAAGAUCAGUUGGAAUUCCAGGAGAGUUCCAGACCCCACCUGGAGAUUGGCAACCCUAUUCUUUUGCUUUCUCAGCAAGAGAUGAAGGGGUUGAAGAAGAAGGGGGGGGGGUUUAACUGGUUCAAGCCUUUCCACUGUAAUUUGGGGCUCCCCAGUGGGUUGGGUUUGCUGCUGACGGGUUUUUGUACCGACUUGGAAAAUGUAUUUUGGGUACCUGUUUUUGUUUGAAUGACCUUAAUAAAAAUGCUUUCGAGCGUCCUGUGAA